ACAUCUGUUUUAGCUGUUCACUGCCAAUGAGUGGGGACAGUCACUCCAGGAGAGCUAUUAAAGGGAUAGUUCACCCAAAAGGGCUAGGAAGGGGGGCAUCCUCUCACGUGACUAUUCUCUCAAAAUCUCUUUGUUGUAGCUGCUGUGGCUGUUUCGCAUCCGGCGCCUUUUCUCUUUAAUUCCCGGUUAUUGAAACCAGAUUUGGUUUUAUGAACGGAAACGUACCGGGAGUGUAGGACUACUUACAUUGAUUCAAAGGGAGAUUCAAGCGAGGUGUUGUUUUGAAAGGAGGGAUUUGCCUCGGUGUUAAAUCCAGGGCGUCAGAUAAAUCAUAAAACGACCCAGAGCGUGUUGGAAGGACGGACUACGAGGAUGCUGUUGCUGCUUCUGUUGUCGUCUUGGGGAAUUUCGUCAGCCACCGAGGUUUCAUAGAUGACCACCUCGUUUAUUUGGAGUAAAGAGCCUUCAGAAUUGUGUGCUCUGCAUCUAAGAAUACCGCUAUAUUAUUUUUGCAUCGCGUCCCGUUGUCAUAGUGCGUGUUCCUUCGUGCAUGCAUCCUUGCUUCUAUGCUGUGUUUUUUCAUUCAACACAAUUUACCCAUCAAUGUUGUCGAACUGACUUAAUUUUGGAUACAUUCUGUGACAGUAGCCUUGUUUGGUUAUCGUCUCCAUCCUUUUCAUCAUGGUUGGAAGCUUGCGACCUGGUAGGUUGCCCGGACCUUUGGCUGGUUAUUCCUUGGCGUUCCUCUGCUUCGUGGCUAUCGCUUCAUUGCCUGGAUCAUUGGCAUCCUACCUACAAAGUGGCGAAUGCAAAGGGAAAGGAAAAGACUGCACAGAUCUGUCGGAGAAGAAGAGCGACCUACGAGUGUGUGACGACUCCAGCUGCCGUUUUGGAGGUGUCUGCAGGGAUGACGGAGCCACGCUGAAGUGUGUGUGCCAGUUUCAGUGCCACAAAAACUACAUCCCUGUGUGUGGCUCCAAUGGCGACACCUACCAGAAUGAAUGCUACCGAAGACAGGCCUCCUGCAAACAGCAGAGGCUCAUAUCACGCUCAUCUGAUGGGCCAUGCUCUGCAGAUACUGGCUCCGGCUCUGGAGACGGAGAAUACGAAGGCUCAGGCACAGACGCGGGGAAGAAGUUCACUAAGUGCGGCACGUGCAAGUAUGGAGCGGAAUGCGACGAGGACUCUGAGGACGUCUGGUGCAUAUGUAACAUUGACUGCAGUGGACACAAUGAGAACCCUGUGUGCGCCACGGACGGAAACUCCUACAACAACCCCUGUCUAGUCCGAGAGGCCUCGUGCAUGAAACAGGAGCAGAUCGACGUCAAGCAUCUUGGGAGAUGCCCAGCAGAUAAAGAGAAAAUGGGGAAGAAAGAUGACGGCAGUUCCUACAAUCUUUUAGACACCGCAGACCCAGGGGAUGGCUUCUACGCCGGGAUGCACAUCCCCUGUGCGGAGAGCUACGCUGGCUUCUGUGUACACGGGAAAUGCGAGAUCAAGUACAACAUGGCCACCUGCAGGUGUGACUCGGGCUACAAGGGGGCACAGUGCGAGGAGCCCCAGGACUUCAACGUCCUGUAUGUGGUGCCCAGCGGCCAGAAGCUCCACUACGUCCUCAUCGCCGCCAUCAUUGGCGCCGUACAGAUCGCCGUCAUCGUUGCUGUGGUGAUGUGCAUCAUGAGGAAAUGCCCGAAAAACAACAGGGGCCGUCGACAAAAGCAAAACCUCGGACACUUCUCAUCAGACACUAACUCCAGGAUGGUAUAGCUCGUGUUUUUAAAUAAUUUUUUCUUACAACGUGGAACACAAUUUUUUUUAUGUAAAGAUUUGUCAUUUUAUUAUUUUAUUCUUCCAAAAAUAUAGAAGAAUGAGGAUAUUUAUUUCAGGGACCUUACUUUUCUGUUUCUCUGGUGGAUAUGUAGCGUAUAUUGCAGCGCUAUUUUUUACAUUUUCCAGCCACACACUGGUAUGAGGAACCGUCGACCAUGCCGCUCGUCGCUUACCCUUAUAUCGGCAUUUUUGUUUAGUUGUUUUUUUAUUCCUGUUUGUUUACUUUUUGCUUUUUCCGAAAAUACGGUACCUUCGGCGAACUGGAAAAUGAAUCCCAAGGAAACAAAUACAGCGUCUGCCUAUAUGGAAUGUGCUACAUAUUGGAAACAAUUAUCUCCAAGACUCUCUCUCUCUUUCUAUGUCUUUUUACAAAUGAUGUGCAGCUGAUCACCAAAAUGACGUUUUUAUUUAUUGGGUGAGGGGUCAGCCAGCAAGGUGGAUAAUAUGUUUACACUUAUUCUUUGAUAUGUAAUUACAAUUUUAAAGAAUACACUGUGUUUAACUAGCUAAUCAUUUAUUUUGUCAUUUUAUUUAUGGUGACAUUUUUUACGUUUACAUUAUUAUUACGAGGAUUCUUUUUCUAAUUCUAGUUACUGUACGGUAUAUUGCAUGACUUGUGAAACUGUGUUCUGUGGUGUAGUUUUAACUUAAAGAAAAGAUGACAAGUCCUCAAAGCUUUCAUCUCAGCAGCUCUACCAGUCCGAUUAUGCCAGCACAUUAUGAUAGGCCUCCAUGUAAAAUAGAAUUCGGACGGUAGAUUGAUUGAUUUGUCAUUGGGGGGAAAAAGGAAUGUGUAAUCUUUAAAAUAAGUCUCCUGUCAGUCUUCUCAAACCAAUCAUACUGGGUUACAUCAAAGUAUCUAUGACUGGAGUUUGACUUUGAUGGUGGAGACAUGAAAGUGGAUUGUAAUACAAUGGGACAGCAUUUUUGGGGGGUCUUUUAACUGUCUUACAAUCACAGGAUUGUAAUGAAAGAGCUGUUGACUUUGGGGGAGCAGUGGUAUUUAAUUUAAUGAUACAAAAUGAAGGACUACACAUUGAGAUACUACUAUCAUCCCUUUAGGAUACUUUCAUGUAUUUAAAAACGUAUUGGUUGCCGAAAUGGAUGUAAUCAAGGGUUUUCUUUGAAUGUGAGGAUGUAAUGCUGUUGUUGUUUCUCCACAAAACGUUACUUACAUUUGCUCCUCAGCAAGACAUUCCAAAUACAGAGAAAAUGUUGAAUGGACGAAUGAAUAGGAUGAAAAAGAACACUUCCGAGGUCCAAAGUGUAAUGCUUAACCGCCAGUUUAAGUAGUUAUUUAUUUCAUCACUGGGGCCUUUAUGUAAAUGUCUUUAGUCUGCCUACAUCUGGUCGUAGGUCUUUGAGCGAAGUGUUUCUACUUGUUCUUUACCAUCUCAGCCGUGACUAUAAAUGUGACUAGAAUGUGUUUGACAUGUCGUUGAUCUUCUGCAUGUAGGACUUCAUAGGCAAUUUUUGUCCCCAAAAAAUAAAAUGGAAAUGUUUUUUAAUGUG